UAUUACAUUGAUGACCCGUACAGGAAACGUAGCAUGUCAAACAAAUCUCCCGCGAUCAGCAAGGCAGACAUGAGGUGUCAUGGAAAAGUACCAUUUCCCAUCUUGUCGACUGUACUCAGUAAUCUGGACAUGCCGCCCUACACGAUCAGUCUACGUGGCAUCUUGACUUCCCACUCUGUUCCGGACAAUUAACCUCAAAAUACAUAAAGUUGCCAUCGGCGAGACCAGGGCCCGUACAUUCCCAUGCCCUCUGGCAUAUCUACCCAUUCUUCAGAUGGUGUCUCGUCGUGACAUUGCUACUAAGGCUGUGCAGAUCCCGCAAGCGAAGUGUUUUGACGUUCUUGGUCUCAAGCCCGAUGCUACUGAAGAGGAGAUCAAACUAGCCUACAAGCAGCUUGCAUUGAAAUGGCACCCAGAUCGCCAUAUCAGUGAUAAGGAAACUGCUCAGAAGAUGUUCAUCGAGAUCGACGAGGCUUAUCGAACUUUGCUCGCUGCGCUUCAGUACGAAAAUCACGAAGCGCCUCAUGUUCCUGAUCCUGAGCACAGCAGUUCAUGGGCUCCUUCGAUGUCGGCACCUUCGUUCUCGUCUAUUCCAAGUACACCCGUCAGCAUGACUUCGGAGAGCGACAGACACCGCGACGGAAAAUCAAAGCAAUCCAAGCAAAGCGCUAUGCCUUCGACAAAAGCACGAUCGCCGACUGAAAAAGCUGAUCAUAUUCCUAGAGCACCAUCCACGAAGAAUCGUUAUAAACUUUCUGCUUAUGAUUUCGCGCAAGAGUUCGCAUGCCCCAUGUCUCAGAAGUCUUCAGUUAAGCGCUCCGCGAAGUCUAAUAGAGUACAGGGAGAGACAUCGAGUGCCCAUCAAUACGAAGCGACUGAUCCGCAUCCCCGCUCCGUCAUUUCUCAGACCUCGAAUUCAGGAGAUUCCGCAGCUACCUCGUCUACCGGUAGCUCAUUGCCUCCACAUUGGCGCGUCACCGUAACGCAUAACAAGACCAUCGCUAGUAGACAUCUCAUGCGUCACGGAGAUGGUCCCGGCCAUAAAGGAGCUCCAGCCAGUCAUGGCAUGCUACCUGACAAGCUCUAUCCUGAUGCAUUUAGGAAACGCCAAACGCGUCAACGUUCCGAAAGCAGUCUGCACGGCCUGCACAAGAGAGCCAAGCACUCCGAAGAUGCCAUAACUUAUGAACACCUGGAUUUGAGCACUCGCGUUCCACCUUUCCAUUCUACAGAUUCCAAGAACGACUGGAUCUUCCCGCUCCACGUCACUCUGGAGGAGCUAUACUACGGCAUUGUCCAUCGUUACAGUAUAGCGCGCACACGCUUGUCUGGACAACUCGAGGAUGUGAAGGUCAACAUUGACGUCUCUCCUGGCUGGUGCAGCGGCACGCGGGUCUGUGUCUUGGGCGUCGGAAAUGAGUGCGAGGACGGGUCUUUCCAGGAUAUCACCUUCAUCGUUGAGGAAGUGCCGCAUCCGCGGUUCACAAGGUUGGACGAUGAUCUUGUCGUUUCUGUGCAAGUGCUACCGGUUAGGACGCACCCAAGUCCUCACAUGCCUCCGCAGAAGAGGCCCGGAGAGAAGUCAGCGCAUCCUGGCGAGGUGGUCGUGCAAGGCCUGGACGGCGAAGAAUACGCAUUGACAGUACCCCGCGCGUCCGUCAAGGGUGCUGACGGGACGCGUAUCGUCGGAGCUGGUAUGCCCGUCUUGAGAGAUGGAAGAAUGGUUGGCAAAGGUGACUUGCUCAUCAAGUGGGAGUUUGGCCAUGCCGAGAAAGAUGCUGUACAGCGGUCACGGUGGCAUACCCUGAAGGACGUGCUCCAUUGGCGGUCUUGAUGAUCUCACUUGCGCUUUCAACAAGUUGCUAGACAUGAUUUGCGACCGAGAUAGAUGGCAACACUGUAAGUAUCACACUUCCUGACCACGACCUGCAUG